AUGGCGGCCCACCCGAAUUAUUGUUUCUCAAACACGUUUGAGGAUGUUCUUGCAUCCUCUCUACAAUCACCAACAAACGAUUCCAUCGUCUUCAACCUCUCGAUCCUCAGAGACAAAGCCCAGCAGGUUCAAACCAUCGCCGACAUGUUCUUCACCCAAACACAAACUCAAUCCAUGACUUCUUCCAACUCAUCAACCUCCGUUAACAUGGAGAACCUCGCCGGUUUGCUACAAGAAAUCAUCGUGAUCGCGUCUAACGUCAUGUUCGCUUGCCAAAACAUUGGUAGUACUCCUGUUACCCAACCAGAUUGA